GUCUCUCUAUGAUACCCUGAGGUAUGACUCUCGUAGGGAUAGGAGGCCGGGUUUCUUUUUUUUCCCGUUUGGGCUGCGUUGCGUUGACCUUCCUACCGGACCGCUCUGUUUUGGGUUUUCCCUCUAGCUGUCUAUGAUUUUCUUAAAGGGGCCGCUUGGCUUCCAGAGCUGCGGGAUCCCGAGAUGUUACUUACAGUGAAGGCGCUCCAGGGCCGGGAAUGCAGCCUCCAGGUCUCCCCUGAUGAGCGCAUCUCCUCCCUCAAGCGUCUUGUCUCAGAAAAGCUGAAUGUUCCAAUCUCUCAACAGCGCUUACUUUUCAAAGGCAAAGCUCUUGCAGAUGAACACCGUUUGUCUGAUUACUCUAUUGGACCUGAGUCAAAGCUCAACCUUGUGAUCAAGCCUUUGGAGAAGGCAUCACCUGAGGAUCCUAGCAGCAGAGCUGGCCUCCCACAGAGUCCAACCAUCUGGCACAUGCUGGCCCAAGUCCUGAGCAGGCAUUACAGCGUGGCUGAUACGGAGAAAGUGCUGGAGCAGGUACAGAAGGAUUAUGAGCGGAGCCUUCGAUUGCUGAGCCUAGAUGACAUAGAGCGUUUAGCCACCCGCUUGCUUCAUCCUGAAGUAGCGGAGGCUGUGGAAAUGGGUUUUUUGGAUUAGCUGCUGGAGAAUUGAGCCCUAUUCAUCACUUUGGACAGUAAACCCCUGGGCAGGGCCCAGUUUGGGGCCUAAUGCGAGUGAUUUCUCUGGACUGCUGUUAAAGGGUUGUGGAGUAUAUGUAACUUCUCCCCAUCAAUUAAAAGUGGUGAUAGGUGAGA